GGUGAACUCUGCUUUCGACCUGCUAAUUGUGGCCCCUGUUAGCGCAGACCCUAUCUUCUCAAAGCGCUGCUCGUAGCAGCGGAGGCCGGGAGUAAGCCUCAUUUUCUCUUUUCACCUUGCAUGAAAUACAUAAUACAUUCACAUGUUACGCUAAGUAGCAUAUCUUUACGACUUCGCUGUAUGAUAGAACAAGACGGCUAUAGUUCUAAGUUAAACAUGUUAACCAUUCGACUUGUAUGAACAUUUACAAAAAAAAGAAGAAGACUAAUAAAGUUUACUUUAAUAACAUUUAAUACGUUUAAUUAAAUAGAUUGCUCAUAAACAAACAGUGUGAAGGAAGAAAAUGGCCGUCACAUUACACACAGAUGUUGGAGACAUAAAAUUGGAAUUAUUCUGUGAGGAUUGUCCCAAGGCAUGUGAAAACUUUUUGGCUUUGUGUGCCAGUGAUUAUUACAAUGGUUGUGCAUUUAUACGGAAUAUUAAGGGUUUCAUUGUGCAGACUGGCGAUCCCACCAACACCGGUAAAAAUGGCAAAUCAAUAUGGGGACAUAAGUUUGAAGAUGAAUUCAAAGAUCAUUUAAAGCACUCCGAUCGUGGCAUGCUAUCCAUGGCCAAUAAUGGUCCCAAUUCCAAUGCCAGCCAAUUUUUCAUUACCUAUGCUGCCCAACCAAAUCUCGAUUUAAAAUAUACCUUAUUUGGUCGAGUCAUUGAUGGAUUUGAUGCCCUGGAUGAAUUGGAAAAACUGCCGGUGAAUCCAAAAACAUAUCGGCCACAUGCCGAAAAGAAAAUAAAUAGCGUAACAAUACAUGCCAAUCCCAUUGCCGGAUGAAAAUAAAUUAAAACAUAGUUUUGUAUUUAAAGUA